CCUUCUCUUAUGUCAUUCAAAUUGAGAGAUUUGACUUUCUUUUCUUAUAUUUUUUCUUUGAAUUAUGAAACACUCAACUUUUAUUGAUUCAUUUAAAUAUUAAGGAUCUUUAAUACUCAACUAUAUAUAUUCUUACAAUUAUCACACAUUCUUGAAAAUAACUCCUAAAAUUUCAUGGCAAUAGUUAUCUUUCUCGUUCUUAGUUUGUGCAUAACAUGUUGCAAAGUUGAUGGGAGAAACAUAUUUGAAGAAAAUGAUUUUACACAACACAAUAGCAUCAUGCUUCCGGUGGACAAUAAUUUUGAUUGUGUUGAUAUCUACAAACAACCUACUCUUCAACAUCCUUUACUAAAAAAUCAUAAUAUCCAGCUUUCUCCAACUUUUGCAAAGAACACUGCGCAAAGUUCGUCAUCUUAUGGUGAAAUAGUGAAUGGAUGUCCAGAAGGAAAAGUGCCUAUUUACAACAAGACAAAGAGACAUCAAAAUAGUACUAAUUCAUCUUUCAAAUUACAAACUAAUGAGUUUUGGAAGCAUUCCAAAAGUUUCCCUGGCUAUAAUGCUGUUACACUUGAUACAACACAAAACAUGAUAUUUCGUGGAGCAUUCACAGGCAUAGCUGGUUUUAAUCUAUCACUUCAAGAUAAUCAAUAUAGCAUAUCUUCAAUUUGGAUUGAAAGUGGACCACCAACAGAACUUAAUAGCAUAAAACUAGGAGUUGGGGUUCAUCCGAGUUUAUUUGGAGACAGUCAAUUACGAUUAAUUGGUAGUUGGACGGCUGAUGGUUACAAAAAAACGGGAUGUUAUAAUCUUCUUUGCUCAGGUUUCGUGCAAGUCAAUAAAGAAUAUGCUUUUGGAUCUGUCAUAUCACCCGCUAACACCAUUGGAUCAACUUCAAAAUAUAUUACAUUUCUCAAAAUCAAACAGGAUCGAUCUACUGGACAUUGGUGGUUAACUAUUCAACUUGAAUCAAUACAAAUUGGAUAUUGGCCAAAAGAAUUAUUUACUCACUUAAGCAAAGGAGCAUCUUUGAUUAGAUUUGGAGGUCAGACCUUGUCUCCGCCUAAUAAAGAUAGUCCCCCAAUGGGUAGUGGAAGAUUACCUAAAGAAAAAUAUAGAAACUCAGCUUUCAUGGAAAAACUUCAAAUUAUUGAUUUAGAAUAUAAUGAAGUAGAUGUAAAAUCCAAAGAUAUGAAGCCAUAUAAAGAUACCAAUUCGGAUUGUUAUGACUUAAUGUAUCAUGGUUAUGAAGGACCUGUGUUUAAGCAAGCCUUUCUUUAUGGUGGUCCAGGUGGACGAAAUUGUGACAUAUGAUUGUAUCGUCAACUUUAUUUAAUAAAACAUUGAUUAGUUCUUA